CCUAAUUACGGAGCAAAUUGCCCCAGCGCGCUGCGGAGCGCCUCGCCGAGAGCCGGUGGCCGCCGUUCCGUAGUGACGCCUCCGCAGCAGGGAUGGAGGUGAUGGACAGCUGCAAGUUCUCCCCAUCCGAACUCUUCUAUGACAGCUCCUGCCUCUCCUCCCCGGAGGGCGAUUUCCCCGAGGAUUUUGAGCCCAGGGAUUUGCCUCCUUUCAGCGCCCACGAGCCCCCCGAGCCCGCCUGCUCCGAGGAAGAGGAGCAUGUCCGAGCUCCCACUGGCCACCACCAAGCUGGUCACUGCCUCAUGUGGGCUUGCAAAGCCUGCAAAAGAAAAUCCACCACAAUGGACCGGCGGAAGGCAGCCACCAUGAGGGAGAGGAGGAGGCUGAAGAAAGUGAACCAGGCUUUUGAGACCCUGAAGAGAUGCACCACUGCCAACCCCAACCAAAGACUCCCCAAGGUAGAGAUCCUGAGAAACGCCAUCAGAUACAUCGAGAGCCUGCAGGAGCUCUUGAGGGAACAGGUAGAAAACUACUAUCACCUGCCGGGACAGAGUUGCUCCGAACCAACCAGCCCCACUUCCAGCUGCUCCGAUGGGAUGGCCGACUGUGGCAGCCCCGUUUGGUCGGCGAGAGGCAGCAGCUUCGAGGCCGUCUACUGCGCGGAGAUGCCCCACGGCUACGCCGCCGACCCGAGCAGCGCCCUGUCCAGCCUGGACUGCCUCUCCAGCAUCGUGGACCGUCUCUCCCCGGCGGAGGAACCGGGGCUGUCCCUCCGCGACGCCGACUCCCUCUCGCCCAGCACCAGCAUCGACUCGGGGCCGGAGACGCCCGGGACGCCGCUGCCCCGACGGACCUACCAGGCGCUAUGA